GUCUCCUUCCGGCCCCCAAGCGAGAUCCUCUCCCGUCAGGCUCUCCAGUGCCUCCCUGGGGCCCGGAUCUGUGAACCCCGGAGAGCCCGGGGAGGAGGUCAGGCUGGGGGACCCGGGAGCCAUCUGCUGGUGGGAGCCCUGAGUGCAGGCUGGGGAAGGGAGAUGCGCGGGGGAGCGGUCUGCCCUUUAGCUCGGAAAAGAGGCUGCCCAGGGAGCCCAGGCACCAGUUUCCCUGUGGGCCGAAUUCUUCUUCAUUAGCAGUACAUGAUUUUCAGUACUAUUCAGUGAGAGCCUCCCCACCGAUUCUGACCCCCAAUGGGGUACUGAUUGAUGUUGGAGUGAUCUGAAAAUGCAGUAUGUUUUUGGCCAGUAUUACUCUCAAAGAACUUUCUGGAAACUGAAGGUGACAUGCAUGAAACCUCUAGAGCCCCGCCCAGGGAGGGCUGCGAGGCAGGGACUCCUUUCCUCAGCUCUGCCCAGUGGGGAUGAGGUCUCCGGGGAGCCUUCUGACAAGGUUCUCUAUUGGUGCCCUUCAGACGGCAAGCAACUGAUCCCCUGCACUGCCAUUGACUGUCCCUGGAGACCCUUUUCUGCUCCAGACCCGCCCAAGCCUUACCAGUGCCCGCAGUGUGGCAAGGACUUCAGCCACCUCUCCAAAUGGAACCUCCAGCAGCGCAGCCCCAGGGACGAGAAGCCUUUCCAGUGUCCAUAGUGCAAUCAGCGCCUGAGCUGGAGCUCAGACCCGACGCACCAUCUGGGCAGGCAUAACGGAGAGCCUUCCUUCUGGUGCGCGCUGUGCGGGGAAAGCUUUGGCCGCAGCUCAUGACUACUCGUGCACCAGCGCGUCCACACGGGCGAGCAGCCCUACCGUUGCAGAGUGCCGCAGGUGUUUCUGUCUUGCCCAGUGUCUGGUCAAGCACCGGCGUAUCCACAAUGGCGAGAGGCCCUACAAGGGCGGGGAUUGUACUAAGUGUUUCAGCCAGCGCGCCAACCUCGUUCCACACGGGCAGGUCCACGUGGGCGAGAAGCCCUGCAAGUGGCGGGAUUGCGCGCGGAGCUUCAGCCGGAGCUCGCACCUCAUCCCGCACCAGAGGGCGCACGCGGGUGAGCGUCCAGGUGGCUGGGGACGGCUGCGACAAGAGCCUCAGCAGAUGCUCGCGCACCGCAGGGUCCACUUGGGCGAGAAGCCCUAAGGCUGCGGCGUGGGCAGCAGGAGCUUCAGGCAGGAGACCAGCCUCAUCCCGCACCAGAAGCUGCAUGCGGCGGACAGGCGGCUGGGGGUGACACUUUGCGGCGACACUUUGCGGCCUGUCCAGACCUGGGACCGAAGCCUGAAGCUCUUAUCUGGGGCUAAGCAGAGGUGACGCAUUUCCAGGAGCCUAGACCUCGGCUUCGCCCUUUCUCAGUGGGAAUCGUCAAGGGAAGAUUUGGGGCCCUACUAGACACGGGGGUGAAGUAGGAGAGCUCAAGUUGAUUUUCUUUGGUCAGCAUAUCCAGGGAUCUAGUGGCCCUCAGGCAAAUCCCUGGGAUUGCAUGGUGACUAAGUAGGGUUUUUAAGCAGGCCUCUGUCCUUCCUUCCUCUUCAGAGUCUCUGCCAUGCCCCCCAGAAACGUAGGAAAUCCCAGAGAGCACCAGACAGCUGAUCCCUGGGUUCUCGGGUCCCCGGGGAAUGAUCUGGGAGCAGACGGCAUGGAGCAGGAGAAUGACAGGCGGUACGGGGUGGGGGUGGGGGGUAAAACCUCUUUGUAGAGUUUUCUCAUCCAACUUAUUUUCUAGGGUUUUUACUCCCAUUUGUUAGUCACUCAUUGGAGCCACUGGUCUACCUCAUGGGAGAUGUUAAAAGAGGGAGGAGAAGGUGGCCCCCUUUUGAAGAGGUCCCCCUGUCAUGUUUCCAUCCCCCCAAAAUGACCUUCUGAGCCCUGCAGGUCGUGUCCUCAUUUGCAUCAGCCCAUCAUCAACUUGCUCUCUCCUCCCUCCUCCCAAAUCUUUGCUUUGCAGUUGAUGUGUGCCAAAGUUCUGAACGUUGGUGGUAUGGGGCAUGGUGUUUUCUUUACAGUUGAACUCUGCCUCACUGGUGGAAUUUCCUGCCUAAGUUUUACAUCAGGGCAGGAUGUGGUGGGAGUCUGGGUGACUAGAAAUUAAAAAAACAAAACAAAAAAAACCCAACCAAACAACACUUUUUGUCUUUCACACAACUCAAAACUGGGGGUGGAAGCCAAACCCAAGCGUGAUGGUGGUGGAGACUAUUGAUGGCCCAGCUUCUUCUCAGCACUUCAUGUUUCCUGGUUGAAGAGGUGUCAGAGCUCUACUUAUCUCAGGCUUGGUGUAGAAGAUACAAAGAUGCAUGAAAAUUUCUCCCUUAAUUACUGCCGAGCAGAAACGUGGAUGAUCCUCAUGGAAAUUGUCUCCAUAGGAAACCAAACAGUUACUGAAUUUGUCCUUCUUGGUUUCUAUGUCAUAGCUGAACUGCAUCUCCUUUUCUUUAUUGUGUUCUCUCUCAGCUAUGCCUCUAUCAUCCUAGUGAACAUGUUAAUCAUUGUGGUGAUGGUUAGCUCUCAGAGGCUCCACACACCCAUGUAUUUCUUCCUGGCUGAUCUGUCUUUCCUGGAGAUCCUCUGUAUUUCCACAGCAGUGCCAAAAAUGUUGAAGGACUUCUUGCAGGAGGCAGCCAUCUCUGUGGCUGGUUGCUUGCUCCAGUUCUUUAUCUUUGGUUCUCUGGCCACGGCUGAAUGCUUCCUCCUGGCUGUCAUGGCAUAUGAUCACUACCUGGCAAUCUGCUACCCACUCCUGAUGGGGCCCAGAUGGUAUUUGGGGCUGGUGGUCAUAGCGUGGCUCUCCGGCUUUAUGGCAGAUGGAUUGGUUGUAGUCCUGAUGGCCCAACUGAGAUUCUGUGGCCCCAACCACAUUGACCACUUUUACUGUGACUUCAUGCCUUUGAUGAGCCUGGCCUGCUCAGAUCCCAGUGUAGCCCAGAUGACAACAUUCAUUCUCUCUGUGAUCUGCCUCACUGUUCCCUUUGGACGGAUUCUGACAUCUUAUGCCUGGGUCGUGGUGGCUGUGCUGAGAGUUCCUGCUGGGGCCAGCAGGCGAAAGGCUUUCUCCACUUUCUCCUCCCACCUAGCUGUAGUGUCCGCAUUCCAUGGCACCCUCAUGGUCUUGUACAUUGCACCCUCUGCUGUCCACUCCCAGCUCCUCUCCGAGGUCUUUGCCCUGCUCUACACUGUGGUCACCCCUCUCUUCAAUCCUGUGAUUUAUACCCUGAGGAAUAAGGAGGUUCAUCAGGCACUACAGAGGCUUCUCUGUGUUAAGCAAACUGAAACAAUUGAUUGAAGGAGGAUUGUGGUAAAGAUUUUAUUUGGACUUUGGGAUGUCUUCUGGGGUUGGCUGGGUAGAAAUAACUUUGUUCUGUUCUGACAUUUCUCUCUGUGAAAAGUUUUAUAGUUAUCAUACUCACGCUAAAGAUGAGUAUU